AUGGCUCCCUUCGGUACUGUCUGGUCUUACAUGCCCAGUGCUCGGGUCAGCAAGAUCGAAGCAGUAGCCAACCUGAGCGGGCUAGAGUUAGAAAUCCCAUCGGGCUUCGAGCUAUACAAAGACAACGUCACAGAAGAAUACCUCUCCAAAUUCCCACUGGGCAAAGUGCCAGGUUUCGAAGGCGCAGAUGGAACCCGCCUAGUUGAAUCCGACGCCAUCGCACAGUAUGUCGCCGAAAGUGGACCACUAGCUGACCAACUUCUUGGUGCUACGCCCUUGGAGCGAGCAUCGAUUCGGUCCUGGAUCAGCUUCUCAGAUCAUGCGUUCUUGCGGGUUGUUCGGGAGCUGGUGAUGUGGCGGUUUGGAAAGUGGGAUUAUGACGAGGAGAGAGAGACCACACAACUUGCACUAUUCGAGAGGGGUCUUGGAUAUAUGGAGGGUCACCUCAAAGGUCGGACCUGGCUGGGCGAGAAUGGGAAAUUGAGCUUGGGGGAUAUUACUGUUGCGGCGCCUUUGCAUAUUGGAUUCAUGUUGAUUAUUGACGCGGAGAUGCGGGCCAAGUACCCGUUGGUCACGGCAUGGUUUGAGCGUGUCAUGGCUGUAGAUGGGGUUGGGAAGGCGAUGGGAGAACUCAAGUUCAUCGAGAAGCGCCAGGUUUACCAGGGCAAGACUUAG